AUGCCCAUCCGACAGGAGGGCAAGUCUGUUGAAAGCCACAAACAGCAGCUGAUGCAGUGGAUCAGACAGCAGCCAGGAGGUCUGGAAGUGCUCCCCUAUCAAAAUGAAGAUGAAGAGCUCCAGGAUAGACUCAUUGAAUUGGCACAGGCUGACAAAGCCAGACAUGACAACUUGGACAUUGUCACCCAGUCAGCUUCACUCCCGCAGGCCAUCAUCAUCAGCAUGAGCAGGUCCAUCACACCCAUGUUGGAUGAGAUCAAAAAUACUCUGGUGCAAAUUCCAGGCAAGAUCAAUGAUAUUGCCAAGGCCUACAGCAUGGGAUCUCUUCAUGAGGAGGCAUUCAAGGCCAUGUACAACGUUUUGAAGGAAACCUCUACUGGUGCUGCUGCUGCCCCAUCAAUGCCUUCCACGUCCACUGCCAAAGAGGAGAUCAACCAGGAGCCCCCCGUGGCGCCCACCGCCACCCACACCUUCACCGACGCCAGGGAAGAGAAAGGUCCUUCCACGACCACCGCAGCGAAGGUCAAUGACGUGAGAAGCUACACAACGAGCCCAGGCGGUACACAGACCUUCUCCAACAGCACUACCAUAAGCAAUGUAAUCGAAGAGGAGAUAAACCAGGAGCCCCCCGUAGCGCCCACCGCCACCCACACCUUCACCGACGCCAGGGAAGAGGAAGGUCCUUCCACAACCACCGCAGAGAAGGUCAAUGACAUGAGAAGCUACACAACGAGCCCAGGCGGUACACAGACCUUCUCCGACGGCACUACCAUAAGCAAUGUAACCGAAGAGGAGUUCAACCAGGAGCCCCCCGUAGCGCCCACCGCCCCUGUCGCACCGCCUGCGACGAGGACGACGCUGGUACCCAAGUCCGCUGCAGCUGACUAUGUAGGGGAUUGGGCAAUCUCCAAAGACAUUGAGGACAUCGACAGCAUGAUCACAUAUAACAACUACAACGAGAGUUUGACAUUUAUCGGCGGAGCUAUGGUAGUGUCCUAUCUGAAGGCACUGUCCCAGUGGUUCGGAGUGUCUCAGCCUACUACGCGUGAUGCCGAGCCCAUGAAGAAGUUCCUCGACCAGGUGGUUGAGAAGACAGGCAGCGCCCACGAUCUACACGAAAGCGUCCUUGAUCCAUACACCAACAUCCUGCGUGACAGCUUCAACAUGGCUCACUCGACCGCGCUCGAGACCAUCACCUUCAACCGGACCAAGGUGUUUGAUUCCAACGCGCGUAUGACUGCAACGCAGAUCAGCCAGCACUUGAGGCAGCUUCUCGGGGCCAGCUGCCAGAGCGAUCCUGAGGCUGCCUCCAAGCUCGCCAAGACGAUCACUGAUCAAUUCUCAGCCCCGCCUGACCAUUACAAGACUGAAAACGUGGAGCGUCAACAGCGAUGCCAAUGUGCCGGAGGUGUUUAA